ACAAACUAUACGAUUCAACCUUCAUAAUUUUUAAGGUUUUUAAUAGUGAAGGAAAACUCUGCAAGCAAAAACGAAAUGGAAACAAUACCACUGCUCAAACCUUACAAAAUGGGCAAUUAUGAACUCUCCCACAGGGUUGUUUUGGCACCUCUAACAAGAUGUAGAUCUUAUGGGAACGUACCUCAACCACAUGCGGUCUUGUAUUACUCUCAGAGGACUACUAAGGGAGGCCUUCUUAUUAGUGAAGCUGCUGGAGUAUCUACAACGUCUCUAGGGUAUCCAAAUACACCGGGAAUUUGGACCAAAGAGCAUGUAGAAGCAUGGAAACCAAUUGUACAAGCUGUUCAUGACAAGGGUGGCAUCUUCUUUUGCCAGAUUUGGCAUGCAGGAAGAGUCUCCACUUAUGACUUCCAACCUAAUAGGAAAGCUCCAAUCUCUUGCACCGAUAAGGGAUGUACACCCGGCCUCGCUGGAGUGGAUUGGUCAGCUCCUCAUCGGUUACGCAUUGAUGAAAUCCCACAAGUCAUUGAUGAUUUUAGGCUCGCUGCAAGAAAUGCGAUUGAAGCAGGUUUUGAUGGAGUCGAGAUCCAUGGUGCAAACGGCUACCUUCUGGAUCAAUUCAUGAAGGAUACAGUGAACGAUAGAACAGAUGAAUACGGUGGAACUGUAGAAAAACGAUGCCGAUUCGCUAUAGAAGUUGUUAAAGCCGUCGUCGAAGAAAUUGGAGCAUAUAAAGUCGGAAUAAGGUUGUCUCCUUUUGCGGAUUACAUGGAAUCAGGAGAUUCAAACCCCGAAGCCCUUGGACUUUUCAUGGCUCAAUCGUUAAACAAAUUUGGAAUUUUGUAUCUCCACGUAAUAGAGCCAAGGAUGGUCAUCCAGCAGGGAAAUCCUCAAGAUACUUGUUACAGUAGUUUGACAAUGAGGAAAGCUUUUGAAGGAACUUUCAUUUCUGCUGGAGGUUAUACGAAAGUCGACAGCAACAAAGUUAUCGAUGAGGAUCGUGCUGAUUUAGUUGGAUAUGGUCGUUUGUUUUUGGCUAACCCAGAUUUGCCUAAACGGUUUUCCAUUGAUGCACCUCUAAAUAAGUAUAAUCGUGAUACUUUUUACACACCUGACCCAAUUGUUGGUUACACGGAUUAUCCAUUUUUAAAUCUAGGUAAUUAGUUAUUCAAUUGCUACUAUUGUAAUUGAAUUGAUCAAUGUAAUUAGUUACUCAAUUGCUACUAAGGAUUAUCCAAUUUUAGAUAAGUUUUUCUC